GUAUAAAAAGGGACGAUACAGUGGCUUCCUCAGUCGAAUUCGCAAGUCUAUCUGAAUUUGAAUUUGCGAAGAUGAUGAAGUUAAUUAUUCUGCUUGCUGUUACCAUUGCCCAACGGGCUUAUUGCGGUGAAACUGAACCGUUUAUCGUUGGUGGUGACAAAGCUGUUCCCGGUCAAUUUCCACAUCAAGUCUCCCUUCAAGUGCAGGGCCAGCAUAUUUGCGGCGGUAGCAUCAUUAGUCCUACGUGUAUCGCUACUGCCGCUCAUUGCGUAGAUGAUCCAAGAUACAAUAAAUAUAUGACUGUUGUAAGCGGAACCAACGACCUGAACAAGAAUGGUAAAAGGCACCAAAUCAAGUGCAUUCGAAUACAUCCAGGCUACAGUAAUAGAAUGGAAGAUGGCUGGAAAGAUGAUAUCGCUAUAAUCACCUUGGCAAACCCGAUAACAAUGAACGACUUGCAACGUACAAUUCCUUUAGCAAAUAAAGAGGAAUACGGCGGUAAACGCGGUAUCAUAAGCGGAUGGGGACAACUAAGUGAACAUAAUACGGCAACUCCGAACAUGCUCAGAUGGGUUACUGUGAACGUCUUAAGCCAAAAUCAGUGCCUAAAUGCACACAGAUUUCCACGUACCAACCCAGGCCAGAUGUGUACGCAGGAAAAUAGGAAAGGUGUCUGCAGUGGUGAUAGCGGUGGUCCUCUCGUUGUCAACGGGCAACUCGUUGGCCUCGUCUCUUGGUCUCCGCCCUGCGGUUCGGGACAAGCUGAAGUUUUCACUCAUGUUUACAAGUAUCUCGAUUUUAUCCAGCAAUCUAAAUCUAUUGGUGGCUCCCUCGUUGCAGUUGAUAACGAGUUUGUUGGCGUUGUUCCUUGGGAUUUGCUCUGCGUUCUGAGAAUAUCUGAUGUAUACGCACUAAUGUUUACAAAGGCUUAUUGCGGUGAAACUGAACCGUUCAUCGUUGGUGGAAACUAUGCUAGACCUGGUCAAUUUGCACAUCAAGUCUCCCUUCAAGUUUUUGGAGGCCAGCAAUUUUGCGGAGGUAGCAUCAUUGAUUCUACGCACAUUCUCACUGCCGCUCAUUGCGUAGAUAACCCUGAGUACACGAAUGAUAUGACUGUCGUAACCGGAACCAACAUGAUAGCGCGUGGAAGUGGCAACAAGCACGAAAUCAAGUGUAUUCGAAUACACCCAGGCUACACUGGUGAAAAAGCGGAUUCCUGGAAAGAUGAUGUCGCUGUGAUCACUCUGAAAGAGCCGAUCGUAUUUAACAAUUUGCAAAAAGCAAUUCGUUUAGCAAGUAGAAACUAUACUACCGGCGCUUCUCGCGGUAUCGUGAGCGGAUGGGGAAGAACUGAUGUAAAUGCACCGGCCUCGCCAGUGCUCAAAUAUGUUGAUGUGAACGUCUUAAGCCAACAAAGCUGCCUACAAAGAAGAGGAUAUCCGCCCACCAGGGAAAAUCAGAUAUGUACACUGGACAGAGUUGGGAACGGUGCCUGCAGUGGUGACAGCGGUGGUCCUGUCAUUGUCGGUGACGAGCUCGUUGGUGUCGUUUCUUGGGUCACGCUCUGCGCUUUGGGAGUGCCUGAUGUACACACUAAUGUUUACAAAUAUCUCGAUUUUAUCAAACAAUCUCAAUCUAUGACGUGCUAAUAUUGUAAUUUGCAUUUAAAACAGAAUUUAAUUCUCUAAGUAUUUACAUUCUAAAAUUUU